AUGUUCCGGUACAUCGAGCAGCGCGCGAUCGACCUUUCCAUCAAGCGUCCGCGCGUGAUAUCCACGCUCCCCGCGGGAACGUCCUUAACGCCACGUGGAGAACAUCGCGAUCCUCGCGGGGACGCAGAACACGGCUUCGCUGACGCAGUUUUCGCGCCUUCUUUACGCGGCGCUGCACGCGAUCCAGCCCGCGGCGCUGAUCACUUCGGCCGACCGCCAUCGCGUGAGCACGCUGGCCUCACAGGAGGGCGUGCAGCAGACGGUGCUGGUGGGAGACAGCUUUGCCGCGGGGUGGAACGAGAAGUGCCUGGACGUGGUAGGAACCGCGGGGAGGCGUGCGAAGCAGAGCGACGCGGUGCUGCUGGUGGUGAACAUUACGAGCUGCUGAGCGCGCAGCUGUGCGGGAUUCGCCGCGAGAUCGUGUUUCUGCGGGAGAGCGAAGACGAGGUGAGCGAGGCGUUCUACGAGCGGAAGAUCGAGGAGUGGAAGCAGGUCUUAGUCAAGCUGGCGCCGCAGAAGGUGCACCACGUCGUCAUUCACCGCGAUUCUCCGCGCAUCGACCUCAGCACCAACCGCAGCGACGUGCGGCGCCUCGCUCGCAUUCUCACCGACACCGCCGUCGGCCUCGUGCUCAGCGGAGGCGGUGCCCGCGGUUAUGCGCACGUGGGCGUGCUGCGCGCGAUGGAGGAGCUCGCCAUCCCCGCGGAUUUCAUCGGAGGCACCUCCAUGGGCGCUUUCGUGGGCGGGAUUGCGAGCGGGAACCGCGGGGAUUACUAUCUGACGAGGAAACGGGCGAAGCAGGGUGCCGCCACUUUGGCGUCGCUGGCGGCGCAGCUGUGCGAUGUAACGCUGCCGGUGCUGAGUCUGACUCGGGGAAAUCUGAUUAAUAAGGUGGUGAAGGAUGCGGUGGGAAGUCGGCUGAUCGAGAAUUCGGUGAUUCCGUACUUUUGCGUUUGUAGCGAUAUUACGAAUUGUCGAGAGCUGAUUGCGAAGGAUGGACCCAUGUGGAGAUUCGUGCGAGGAUCGAUGAGUUUGUUAAGUGUAUUUCCGCCCAUCGGUGAUGGAACGCUGCCACAGCCGAACAUGCUGGUGGAUGGCGGGUAUUGCAACAACGUGCCCUCCGAUGUUAUGCAAUCGCUCUACCACCCGAAGGCGAUCAUUACGGUGAAUGUCGAGGGCUAUCCGGAAGAUGACCAUUUCCAAAUCCAGGACACGCAGUCCGGGUGGAGUCUCUUCUUCAAAUCUCUAUUCCCGAGGCUGUUCGGAGAGCAAAUCAGCAAAUCCAAUAUCCAGCAGAAACUAUUAUACACAUGGAGCGAAAACAGAAGAGCCGAUAAUUUACUGGAGAAUUCGGACGUUGUGAUCCGCCCGCCUCUCCACGAUGUCCACCUCGCAGAUAACACACGCUACGACGAAAUUGAGGAUCGAGGUUACAACGAAGCAAAGCAGCGGCUUACGGAGUGGCUCCGACUCAUUCCAGAGCAAUCCACCUUGCACAAUGCACUCUUCGCAGUACCCAAGUAUCCUUUUACGGAUCGGCACGGCUCUCUCGCCCGUGCAUCUUCGUUCCAUUGAUUUAGUAAUUCCUUA